AAUCGUGUCACGCAGGUUGCAUACCCCGACUACCCCGAGACGUCUCUGACCGGUACCAACCCUAAGCUUAGGUUCUGGCCCCAGUCGGUCAACUGCUGCGGCUGAAAAUGGGAGCCGUUUGCUGCGGCACCAACAAAAAAGCCCAGAACGUUCCUGGCUCUGCCCUGGACAGGGUCAUUUCUCAGCAGGAUCCUGACAUUGACACGUGCCUCUUGUACAAAUUGGCAAACUACAAGAAAGGAGGAGAACUGGUUGACGCAUUUAACAAUGGUGGUCAGGCAGAAGUGGAAAAACUAAUCAAAGAGCGGUACACCGUCUACCUCUACAGCGAGGGUAAAGGUCAAAUCAUCAACAGGUCCGAGUACCUGCGAUGGAAAUACCGAAAUCAGGCGCAGGUGGUGUUGCCGAUCGAGGCGUCGCUCAGUCCGCAUGACCCCCUGGGAAAGUGGCAGGACCACGAGGCGUGCUGGCAAAUGCAGUACCGCGGCUCCCUGGGGGAGGCCCUGCUGCACGUGCUCAUCAUCUGCGACACGAGGCUGCACACCAGACUGGCUCGGACGCUACUCAAGUUAUUUCCCAAACUGUCUCUGGACGUUGUUGAGGGUGAAGAAUAUCUUGGGGCUAGUGCUCUUCACCUGGCCAUUGCGUACAACAACAGCGAGUUGGUGCAGGACCUGGUGGAGGCAGGCGCCAAUGUUUCCCAGAGGGCCAUUGGAAGCUUUUUCCUGCCGAAAGACCAGCAACGAGCCAAACCGGCAAAAAACACUGAUUACGAGGGUCUCGCCUACUUGGGCGAAUUUCCCCUCGCGUGGGCCGCGUGCUGCAACAAUGAGAGCGCCUACAACUUGCUGCUGGACAGCGACGCCAAUCCUGAUGACAAAGACACUUUCGGCAACAUGAUUCUUCAUAUGGUGGUGGUUUGCGACAAGCUGGACAUGUUUGGCUACGCGCUGCGCCAUCCCCGUCGACCGGCUAGCAAUGGGAUUGCCAACAACUCGGGACUGACCCCGCUGACCCUGGCGUGUCAGUUGGGCAGAGCCGAGGUGUUCAAAGAGAUGUUGGAGCUCAGCUGCAGGGAGUUCUGGCGCUACUCGAACAUCACUUGCUCUGCUUAUCCACUCAACGCUCUUGACACUCUGCUGCCAAGCGGCAAAACCAACUGGAAUUCCGCUUUGUUCAUAAUCCUAAACGGCACUAAGGAGGAGCACUUGGACAUGCUAGACGGCGGCAUCAUUCAGCGUUUGCUUGAGGAAAAGUGGAAGACGUUUGCCCAAAGGCAGUUUUUAAAGCGACUGCUGAUUUUGGCGUUCCACUUGUUUACCAUGAGCAUGGCCAUUUACCUGCGCCCGGCGGAAAGGUACACGCCACUGCUCGGAGGCACCGAAGUGUCGGAUAUCAUGCGCUACGGCUUUGAAAUAGCCACAAUAAUGAACUGCGUGUCCUACGUCGUUUUCCAGCAGGGUCAUGAAAUUAAAAACCAAGGCCUGUUUUCCUUUCUCAAACAAUUGAGUCAUGACCCGGCAAAAUUGAUCUUCCUGAUUUCAAACUUACUGAUUUUAACCUGCAUCCCCUUGCGCAUUCUCGGCAACAAAACCGGCGAAGAGUCUGUGCUGAUCUUUGCCGUUCCCGGCUCCUGGUUCCUCCUCAUGUUUUUUGCCGGCGCCAUUCGAUUGACUGGGCCCUUCGUCACUAUGAUCUACUCAAUGAUCGCCGGUGAUAUGUUCACCUUCGGCAUCAUCUACACGGUAAUGCUGCUCGGGUUCUCGCAGGCCUUCUACUUCCUCUACAAGGGCCACCCUGGCGUUCAGACCUCCCUCUACUCGUCCUACCCUUCAACCUGGAUGGCGCUCUACCAAAUUACUCUAGGCGAUUACACGUAUGCAGAGCUGGCGCACGUCACGUACCCAGCACUCGGAAAGACGAUUUUUAUCAUCUUCAUGAUUUUGGUGCCAAUUCUUCUGCUUAACAUGUUGAUCGCUAUGAUGGGCAACACGUAUGCCCUUGUCAUUGAGCGGAGUGAAAAGGAAUGGAUGAAGCAGUGGGCGAAAAUCGUGGUGAGCCUCGAGAGGGCAGUCAAUCACGAGGAUCUGAAGAAAUACUUGGAGGAGUACUCCAUUUCUUUGGGUAAAUCCACCGAGGAUCCAAUCAUCGAGACAAGAGGAGUGAUGGUGAUCAAGAGCAAAAGCAAGACCAAAGCCAAGCAGAGGAAAGGCGCCCUCGCAAACUGGAAGAGGGUUGGCCGAGUUACUAUCAAAGAGCUUCACAAACGGAACAUGACAGGCGAGGAACUGAACAAAAUAAUGUGGGGCCGCUCGGACAUCGCGACCCCUGUGCGACACAUUCCGGACGAUCUGGAGGACGGCGACAUUCACUUGCUGCCCACAGACGCAUUGGCAUCUGCUCUGGACACAAUGGCCUUUGCUGCUGACCUGCCUCUGCCCACCAACACUUCAGCAGCCACCGGGCCACCCGUGGGCAUUGGUGCUCACAAGGGAUCGGCACCACCUUUGUUGAUGGCUCUUGGCCAGCAGCAGAUGCAUGACGAUGCUGCUCACGCCGGCAACCCUUCGUCUCCAGACCCUUUGCGUGAUUUGGUUAUCCACUCAGACCUGAGCCCGGAGAAGGCGGCCGCUUUAGCCACCCAGGCUGCUCAGGCCGCAGCCACGGCUGCACUGCCUGUCGCUCUGGGACAUUCAGAAGCGGCCGCUGCGUCAUUGACGGCCGCACCAAAUCCUUUCUCUGGAAUGACGACGGCCACGUUCGCGUUCAUGGCGCCCACGAAAAUGGCCAGUCAGAAGAAACUGUCACCACACGUCAGUUUGGACACCAGUGACAGCGAAGGAAUAGAGGGUCCGCUGCUUGGAAGGGCCUCCCGACUUCGGCGGGUGAGGAGUGCGGCCAGACAACGAUUCUUUUCAGCCAAAACUCCAAAAAUCACCCGCUCGGACUCAAUCCAGAGCAACGACUCGAUUUUCUCCGGUGACGGAUUUGCCCUUUGGAGUUCGCGACUACCGGCAGGUGUGGUGAACCCCACGUUCGCCUCGUCUCCGGAUGAAGAGGCACAGCCAGAGUCUCGGCCGCGCACGGCGCACAACAAGGUUGGUCCCUCGGUGCACAGAGCAAGGGCGGUCAGGUCAGCCGGCGGAGACCCGAGCCGGCUGCAGCAAAUCAGCUCGUGGAGCACCAGGGACAUCGCCAGCAUCAACACCCUGCUGGCCUGGGACCAACCGCCCGGCUCCAGCAGUCCACCCGAGCAGUAGAUUUUUCGUUUUGAUUAAUUUUUUUUUAAUUUUAGAACUAUGCAAUUCAGAAAUACUUAUUUGAGUAGGGAGAUUUUCAAACAAAAAUCUACAAAUUGAACACAAAUUGUCGCAUUUUUAUUAUCUAAAACACUAAAAUACACUGAAAUUAAUUUACAAAUCGCAAUAUUUUUUUCUUAAUGAAAUAUACACAGAAUUGAGCUAGACGAAUGUGCUCUGCUGGAAAAGUAACAAACAAUUUUGCGGCACUAGAGCACACCGGUUUUCUCCUAAGACCGCAUGACGAAUUUUUGGACACUAUGGACACGUGUUGUUAUAUAGCAAAAAGACGGAAAUAAUUUUGGUCGAUCUUUCACAAGAUUAUAACAAACAAAAGUGCUGGUGUCUGGAAUAUUUUGCUACUCUUGUCUACAAUGCGCGUUUGUCAUUCUUUUUCCAGUCUAAGAUUUGUUUCAAUUGGUUUAUUCUGCGUGUCCUGCGAAUGUUGACAUUAACUUACUAAUCUACGCUACGGUUUUUGUAUUAUCACCUACGAUUUAUUCGAUAUGCGAUUUCUAGUUUUAAACAUUUUGUUAUGUAGUAUAGCUUUACGAAAAAAUAGCUGUCGGUCGAUACAAAUACAUUAUGUUAAAUAGGAAAAGAGCAAAUUUACUGCUUUAAAAUACAGCGCAAUACACAUUAUAUAGAAGAGUAAUUAUAUUUAAUUAUAUCAUAAUACACUGGACUAGUUUCACUGUUUCUUGCGCUUAAACCACUAAAGUUGUAGAGCCUAAAACUGUUCUGUUUAUAUUUAGUAAAGUUGUCAGUAUUUCGAGUAUUUCCAUAAAUGUAAAUGCACGAUGAAGAUUUAAAAAAAAUAAUAAAAAAUACAAAAAUACCGAUCCAGUUGUUAAAAUACUUUUCCAAUCAGCAAAAUAGGUGAGUCGUUGAGAUCGUGGACAGAGAAAGAGAGCGGCAAAAAUAUAUCAGAUUUUUCUUUAGAUUCAGGAAACUAAUGAAAAUAAUGAAGUAUUUUUUGUCGAGAGUAUUUUUCUUUUGUUGCA